GGGAGCUUGUUCCUUCUUCACUUUGCAGUUUUCAGUUUCAGAGAAGAAAAAGCAUCAUCAUCGAAACCCAUGAACUUGUCUUCGUGGUUCCGACGCAGGAGUAAUGGUAAAAACACCAAAAACCCAGAUCUUUCUGACCAACCAAAGCAACAAAACCAAUUCGAUGAUCGAAUUCUCGGAGUCAAUGACAAAUUGAUCGAUUACGUCAAAUCCUUCACCUUAGACACCUUUAAGAAUUUUCCUCGUUCAGAUGACGAGAAAGAGAAAAAUGGUGGAGAUUUCCCAACGACAUCGGGCAGUGUUCGGAGUGAUCUUUCUGAAUGGCAAGAACGACAUGCAACUCUUGUGCUCUCCAAAGUAAAGGAAAUCGCUCAGCUCAGAUAUAAGCUAUGCCCAGGUUACAUGAAGGAACAUCAGUUUUGGGGAAUAUAUUUUGCGCUUGUAAAGAGUCACGUGGCUGAAUACGAGCUCCAUGCAAUACGACUAGCUAAAAUCAGAGAGAUUUCAUUGGAGAACGCAAAAUCAACAGAUGGUAGUGCAUGUGAGGUUGAGAUGUCAGAGACAAAUUCAGCAAAUUUACCGCCUUCAACACCAUAGCAUAUAAAUAUGAUUUGAUUUAUUGUGAGGUAGAGUACCAAUUUUUGUUUUUUUGGUUAAAAUAUUUUAUUGUUGGGUAGGUAACCAUUUGUUACCCUGUGUUUUUGCAAAGUAUCAUUUUAGUAACAUCUGUUUUCAAUAAUGCUCAUAUAGUACCUUGUAUUUUACAAUCGUACAUAUUUGGUACCCUAAACUCAAAUUUAAUUAAUAAACUUUUAACAAUUUAAUCAAACUGCUGUUAAUUAUAUAAGUUCCAAAUUUAAAUUUAAUUACUUAAUUCAUAUAAUCGAUGACAAUUUGAUCAUAUUGACAAAAUACAUGGUACCAUAUGAGCAUUAUUGAAAAUAGAGGGUAUCAAAAUGAUACUUUGCAAAAACAUAGGAUACCUCUACUGCAAGUACGGAAGAAAAUGAAUAAUAAUAAAUCUUCAUGCAUGUCUUCUGUGCUGAUGCUCUCAUUCUUAA